UUUCCUCUUCUGAAAAUCCGGAUUUAAAACUUGAGGCGAUUAAAGUUGGCGGUGAUAAAGCGUUAUUCUGUGUAUUUUACAGAGACAGAUUGGAUUUAAUUGUAUUUUUUUUGGUAAGUCUUCUCCUUGAUUCAGUCCGGAUGAAUGAGUUGGAAAGAGUGAAGAGGAUGGACGACACGGAGCUCUCAGGAUAAAAGAAAUUCUGGAGAUAAAGCAAUAACAAUCUACAAAACAACAACAACAGCAACAACAACAAUAAGAGAUCUGUAGUGAGGAUGUGUUGUUUGAACAGGAAGAUCCACAGCUGUUCGCGCGGAGCAUCACUGACAUGCAGUGGACAGUUAGUGACCAGAGAAAAGAGUCGGUUCAUUUGCGGGUGCACAAGGAGGGCACUACAAUUAUGACUGAACGUUUUUCAGUGUAUGAAUGCGCUUGAAUCGUGGAGUCUGAGCUGACAUUAUCCAGUGCAUUAAUGCGCUUUAACUUGGGUUCGAUUUGAACCUGCAGCCUACAGUAUUCCAGCUCCGAAUCGUUUGCUCGAAGGAACCGACUCUAUGAAAUGAUUCGGAGUUUGCAUGACUCCAGCGCGUCCACUGACCCUGCAUGUUUGACCCGACCCCCCUCUCUGUGUGCCAAACCCUCUGACGUGGAGAUUCUCAUAUGAGACAGGUUUCUCUGUGUGUGUGUGUGUGUGUGUGUGUGUGUGUUUGUGUGUGUGUAUAUAUAUAAGCUGGAGGUUGAUCAGCUCCUCACACUGAGCACCCAGAGUCUGAGGAACCUCCAGAAAGCAACACUUUCCCACUUGGACAACCUAAAGGAAGAAUGUCACACAGCUGGGGUUAUGACUCUAGUGAUGGUCCUGCCACAUGGGCUGAGCACUACCCCGUCGCUAACGGACCACGGCAGUCUCCCGUUAACAUCAUCCCGAGCCAAACCCAGUUCGACUCGUCUCUCAAGCCACUCAAGCUUCAGUACGACCCGUCCACGUCCAAAGACAUCAUGAACAAUGGCCAUACGUUCCAAGUCAACUUCCUGGACGAGAGCGACAGCGCAAUUCUGACCGGUGGGCCCGUCACUGGCACCUACAGGCUGAAGCAGUUCCACUUCCACUGGGGCGAGAGUGACGACAAAGGGUCCGAGCACACGGUCGAUGGCAUUAAGUACCCCUGUGAGCUCCAUCUGGUGCACUGGAACACCAAGUACCCAAACUUUGGUGAGGCCGUGAACAAACCCGAUGGCUUGGCGGUUGUCGGAGUUUUUCUGAAGAUUGGUUCUGCCAAUCCCCGGCUGCAGAAAGUUCUCGAUUCCUUUGAUUCCAUCAAAGCAAAGGGUCAGCAAACCACAUUUUUGAACUUUGACCCCAAGAACCUAUUGCCUGCCUCUCUGAAUUUCUGGACUUAUGAAGGUUCUCUCACCACACCACCUCUGUAUGAGAGCGUCACCUGGAUCGUCCUGAAAGACCCGAUUAGCGUGAGCUCUGCUCAGAUGGCGAAAUUCCGCAGUCUGUUGUUCAGCUCAGCGGGAGAGCAACCUCGCUGUAUGUGCAAUAACUACAGACCCCCUCAGCCCAUAAAGGGACGCAAAGUGCGCUCCAACUUUAAGUAAACUGCAGAACGCACCUCUGACCACACCCACUGAACGCAUCUCAGCCAAUCGUAAUGCUUCUUUUCCUCAGAACUCUGCAAAUCAAUUCUAAGUUAAUUCUAAGUUAAUUUGAAUAAUUGACUCAAAUUAAACAAAUGCUUUUGGGUUGGUUCAGAUGAAUCUGGUUCAGAUGAAUCCGAAGAUAACACAAAAUCUAAAAAAAUUUUUUAAAAAUGCUAUGAAUCAGUUGGUUCAUUUGUUUAAAUUGACUCAUUUGUGAACUCACAGUUGAUUUGGUUCAAUUGAACCAGUUGCCAUAGUACAAAAGACUAUUAAAUGCUGUGAAUCAUUUGAACCGUUUUGUUUUAGCUGGUCAAGAUGAAUCAGUUAAUUUGAACUCUAAAAUUGAAUUGUACAAAGUAUUAUGAAAUUAACCACUCAUUAUUUGGUUCAUCUAACUUUUGAAGAACAAACCCGACAUAAUAGAAAACGCAUGAGUCAGUUGGUUAAUCUAUUCAAAUGAAUCGACUCCCAAUCUCUUACAAUUAGUUACAUGUAAAACUGAAGACCUUAUUGUAUUAAUUAUUAAUAUUUUACUUUUUAAUUGUGAAGACCUUCCACAUUUUAGGAAAGAAAGAGUAAUACUCACUAUCCUCAUUAGUUUCAGCUUCCUUUAUUCCCGUUGUUGGAUUAUCUACUGAAUGUUUAGUUUUUAUGUGUUUCAGGUUGAGAUGUGUGAAAUGUUCAGGGUGCAGAGUGCAGCGUAGAAGAAACCCUCUAGCACUUUUCAACAUAUAGGACUUUAUGAAAUUCACUCGACAAAGCAGCUAAAGUAUAGAGAACUAGAGAAAUUAUAAAAUGUUAAGAUAAAGAUUAUUGCUUAUUGCUAUUAAUGUUAAGGUAAAACAGUGCCUGUUGUUUUCUGAGAGGGUGGAACUCUUACGAAUAAUAAAUUAAUAUAUUUAAAGAUUAUACAA